GGAACACAGCCGAUCCUAUAAAGAGGAAGCUGAAGAUCAGGGCUCGCGCAGGAUGGUGUUUUCCUUUCACUAAACACUGAGUCGCGAUGCUCAGACACUGACCACAAUGGAGGACUCGUCCAAAGAAGAAUACAAGAUCCAUUCUUUCGACCCGGAGACACAGAAGCUCCUGAAGACGGCUCUUAAAGAUCCAGGUUUGGUGGAUUUGGAGGCGGUGUGUAAAGUCAUCGUGGACCAGUCGCUGAAGGACCAGUUGUUCAGUAAAGAGGCCGGACGCAUGUGUUUUAGUAUUGUCCAGGCGGAGGCGAAACAGAGCAGCAAAAGCGUGUUCCGGCGUCACCUUUUGAACCGGCUGCAGCAGGAGUUUAAGGGCCGAGAGGAGACAAGGAAGAGGUCGACUCAGGAGUGGGUGUGUUACGUCUCCUUCAUCUGCAACAUCUUCGACUACCUCAAGGUGAAUAACAUGCCGAUGAUGGCGCUGGUCCACCCGGUGUACGAUUGUCUGAUGAGACUCGCCCAACCAGACGCACUCCAAAACGAAGACGAGGUGGACUGUUUGGUGCUACAGCUGCAUCGUAUCGGUGAUCAGCUGGAGAAGGUGAACAGCGAGCGCAUGGAUGAGCUUUUCUUCCUGCUGCGUGACGGCUUCCUGCUGCAGAACGGCCUCAGCUCGCUCGCCCGCCUCCUCCUGCUCGAAAUCCUCGAGUUCCGCGCUGGAAACUGGAGGCUCGGCGAGGCGGCUCAGAAGUACUACUACAGCGAGGUGCACGAGUGACCCACAAACACGCACACGCGCGGACCGGUGUCUCGCCAAAUCAGCAGCGAUCAGGAGGAGAAUGUAUGCAGUUUAAUCACUCUGAGACGUCUAGACGUGUGUGUGUUAGGACUGGACGUGUUUUCUCUUUAUGGGUAAAAAUACAGGAAAUUCAACAAGUGCCUCCUGUAAGUCCGUUCCCGGACUUUAUUCCAACUCGGGUAGAUCUGUGUGUGUGUACGAGCGAGUAUACGUGUGUGUGUGUCAGGGGGCAAGUGUGUGUAUCAGAGGGUGUGUGAGAGUAAAUGAGAGCAAGUGUGAGAGCGAGCGAGAGUCCUUCUGAUACACACACUCGCACAUGCACGCUGUGUGUGAGAGUAAAUGAGAAUGAAUGUGAGUGUGAGUGCGUCAGAGGGCAAGUAAGAGUAAAAGUGAACGAGUGUGUUUGAGAGCGUGCGAGUGCGAGAGUGAACAUGUGUAGUAAAAUGAUUUUAGGAUUGAUGAACGACCCGAGUGGGAACUAGGACGGAAAAUCUGAUUUUCCUCUUGAGAGAUGAAAAAUGUCUAUCUGCAUGACAUCAUGAUCAUGUGACUUGGAGCGUACAGGACAUGCAGUAUGUCUCUGUAAUGUCACACUCACUCUCUUGACUUGCUGACUCGACCAGGAUUUGAGUAGAAACCUUAGGACUCGACUUGGACCUGAUGAGACUAGUGACCUCGGGAAUUAGACUCGAUCUGAGCAGCAGUGACCUUUGACCUUGACUUGAUUCGAUAUCUGACUUGGACUUGAGAGUAAAAGACUCAACUACAGCUCCGGGGGGUGUUUAAAUAUUCGAGCGCUCGUUAUUGAGCAGCAGUAAGACGGAACCAGAGAGCCUGGGUGCUAAACAUAACGACUCUAUUACUUUCCUUUAUUUAACGAGCAGAUAAAAAAUAAAUCAAGACUAGAUUGAUCUUACUUUUUGUAAAAAAUGUAUUUUUGAUAAACUCUGUCCUUUUAUAGACCAGUAAGUUCACUCUCUUCUGAGUUUCCGAUAAACUUGCAGUAUCGUGAUCUAAUGAGUGUAAAUUCAAUGCUGGUUAAAAUGCUGACCGACAAGAAGAGGCGGAGUCGCUGUAUAAAUACCAUGAAUAGUGAGAUCGUGGAUUCUAACCGAUGCUGUGGUGUGAAACUUAAAGAUGUUUUUUUAUUUAAAACUGGACCUUUUGCCAUUAAACUUUAAUAAAGAUCUACACAAGCCAGGA